GAUCAGCUGUGCCAGUCCCGGCAGGCCACACACACACAAAUGCACACACAGUGAACUGGCUGACGAACAAAGCCCCUGGCACUGCCAAUGAAGGCAAGUCAUGUCUCCGUACGUAGCCUCGCCUCCUCUCACGCUGCCGUGAGGGGAAGGCAUGACACCAUUGUCAUCGCCUUUUCCUAGCAGAAAGACGGGUUUUUGGGGAAUCGGGAAUCAACGCUGGUGGUUUCAUAGUGGAUUAUUUUUCCCUGUGGGGCUGCUGAUGAGUUGAGAUGCUGGCAGAGCGGAGAGAGAACAGCAGGGCUACCUUUGCCCUGACAAAGCCGCUCAAGAUGAACAUGGUGAAGAGGAUCAUGGGGCGGCCGAGGCAGGAGGAGUGCAGCCCCCAGGACAACGCGCUGGGUCUGAUGCACCUGCGACGCCUCUUCUCUGAACUGUGCCACCCUCCACGUCACAUGACUCAGAAGGAGCAGGAGGAGAAGCUCUACAUGAUGCUUCCUGUGUUUAACAGGGUGUUUGGCAACGCUCCGCCCAGCAGCAUGACGGAGAAGUUCUCUGAUCUGCUGCAGUUCACCACACAGGUCUCUCGACUUAUGGUGACCGAGAUCAGACGAAGAGCCUCUAAUAAAUCUACAGAGGCAGCCAGUCGAGCCAUCGUCCAGUUUCUGGAGGUGAACCAAAGCGAGGAGGCGAGUCGCGGCUGGAUGCUACUGACCACCAUCAAUCUGUUGGCCUCAUCUGGACAGAAAACGGUGGACUGCAUGACCACUAUGUCCGUGCCCUCCACGCUGGUCAAAUGCCUCUACCUGUUUUUCGACCUGCCACACAUGGCUGAAGCCUCCGUGGGCCCCCCCCAGCAGCCGCCACCACCGCCUCCACCCACCCAGGACAAGAUCCCAAGCCAGGGUCCCCCCCAUCCAGAGCUGUCCCUUGGCGACCGCAGGGCGCUGCUCCAGAAAGUCUUUGUCCAGAUCCUGGUGAAGCUCUGCACCUUUGUGUCCCCGGCGGAGGAGCUGGCCCAGAAGGACGACCUGCAGCUGCUGUUUAGUGCCAUCACGUCCUGGUGCCCCCCCCACAACCUGCCCUGGAGGAGGAGCGCGGGGGAGGUGCUCACUACUAUCUCCCGCCACGGCCUCAGUGUCAACGUGGUCAAAUACAUCCAUGAGAAGGAAUGCCUGUCCACGUGCGUUCAGAACAUGCAGCAGUCAGACGACCUCUCCCCCCUGGAGAUAGUUGAGAUGUUCGCCGGGCUGUCGUGCUUUCUCAAAGACUCCAGCGAUGUGUCGCAGACCUUGCUGGACGAUUUCCGAAUGUGUCAGGGAUACACUUUUCUUUGCGACCUCAUGCUCAGAUUGGAACAGGCUAAGGAAGAUGAAUCAAAGGAUGCUCUGAAAGACCUGGUCAACCUGGUCACCUGCCUGACUACGUAUGGAGUGACAGAUCUGAAGCCUGCUGGGUUGACAACGGGAGCCCCCUUCCUGCUGCCUGGCUUCAUUCUCCCUCAACCUUCUGGAAAAGGCCACACAGUGCGGAACAUCCAGGCCUUUGCAGUCCUCCAGAAUGCUUUCCUGCGGGCCAAGACAAGCCGCCUGGCCUGCAUGCUCCUGGACGCCGUCGGAAACAUCUAUGCAGCUGAGCCAGCCAACUAUUUCAUCCUAGAGUCUCAGCACACCCUGUCGCAGUUUGCUGAGCGUGUGGCCAAGCUGCCCGAGGCACAGGCCAAAUACUUUGAGCUGCUGGAGUUCGUUGUCUUCAGCCUCAACUACGUGCCGUGCAAAGAGCUGUUCAGCGUCAGCGUCCUGCUCAAGUCCAGCACGUCUCACGCCUGCAGCAUCACGGCCGUGCGAACGCUGCUGAAGCUGGCCAGGCACGACCCCGUGUUCAGCGAUGUGCUGCGGGAGGUUGGCCUGUUGGAGGUGCUGGUCAACUUGUUGCACAAGUACGCUGCCUUGCUCAAAGACCCGGCCACACAGCAGCAACCACAGAAUAAUGACCAAGCUGACUCUAAAAACAACACCGUAGCAGAGGAGCAGAAGCAGUUGGCCUGGCUGGUGAUGGAAACACUAACUGUGCUCCUGCAGGGCUCCAACACCACCAACACUAAUGCAGCUCUGUUCAGGGAAUUUGGAGGUGCACGUUGUGUUCACAACAUCGUGAAGUACCGUCAGUGUCGAGAACACGCGCUGCUCAUCAUUCAGCAGCUGGUUCUGUCGCCCAGCGGUGAUGAUGACAUGGGAACACUGCUGGGCCUCAUGCACUCAGCACCGUCCAGUGAACUGCAGCUCAAGACGGAUAUUUUAAGGGCCCUGCUGGCAGUGCUGCGGGAGAGUCACCGCACCCGCACGGUGUUCCGUAAGGUGGGAGGCUUCGUGUACGUCACCUCCCUGCUGGUGGCCAUGGAGCGCUCGCUGUGCCAGCCGCCGCGGCACGGCUGGGAGCGGGUCAACCAGAACCAGGUGUUUGAGCUGCUCCACACCGUCUUCUGCACGCUCACAGCCGCCAUGCGCUACGAGCCGGCCAACUCGCACUUCUUCCGCACAGAGAUUCAGUAUGAGAAGCUGGCUGAUGCUGUAAGGCUGCUGGGAUGUUUCUCAGACACUAAGAAGCUGGGCCCGACCGGCGUGUUUCCCUCCAACGCUCAGCCUUUCCAAAGGCUGCUGGAGGACGAGGCUCCUUCUGGAGGCUGUGCAGGAGACAGUGUCUGUCCCACACUCAAACACUGCAGCAAGCUCUUCAUUUACCUUUACAAGAUGGCCACCGACUCCUUUGACAGUCGUGCGGAGCAGGUGCCUCCCUGCCUGACUCACGAGACCUCGUUGCCCUCGCCGUGGGGCACACCGGCACUCGCCAGGAAGAGACAUGGCUACUAUGGCACAUCGGGCCCCCCUGCCCCAGUCAAAGCCCUCACAGACCUGAAGCUGCACCCAGCCAACCCCUCCCACCCUGCGUCCUCCUCGUCUUCGUCUGACAUGGUGGUCAUCCACCCAGGAGCGGUCCUGGCUAUUCUAGAUUUGCUGCCGUCCGUGUUCUCCGACAGCCAACCAGAGCAUGCCCUUGACCUGCAGCUGGCAGUGGCCAACAUCCUCCAGCUCUUGGUGAACAGUGAGCGCAAUCAGCAGGUGUUGUGUGAGGCUUCCCUUCAUCAGCGACUGUUGCAGCGCUGCAGUCAGGCCCUGGGCGAUGAAGACUACCCGCUGCACCCUCCGCUACAGAGAAUGUUUGAGAGGCUGGCCUCUCAGGCUCUGCAGCCGAUGGCACUCAGGGAAUUCCUACGUCUUGGAAAUCCCCUCAACUGCGGCGCCUGGGACAAGAAACUACUGAAGCAGUACCGGGUCCACAAGCCGAGCUCGCUCAGCUAUGAUGCAGACAUGAGAAACAGCAUGACCAUGUCCACGGAGGGCUUCGGCCCCGACAGCGUCUUCGCCACGCCGGCCGAGGAUAACGGCCAGUACCGCAUCAGCCGCAGCCUGGUGCGCUCCGCAGAGGGCAGCACGGUGCCCCUCACCCGCGUCAAGUGCCUCGUAUCCAUGACAACACCCCACGACAUCCGCCUGCACGGGUCGGCCGUCACGCCUGCAUUCGUGGAGUUCGACACGUCGCUGGAAGGCUUCGGGUGUCUGUUUCUGCCAAGCCUGGCCCCUCAUAACGCCCCCACCAACAACACCAAUGCCUCUGGAGUCAGUGACGGUGCGGUGCUCAGCGGCAUGGGCACAGGGGAGCGCUUGUUUCCUCCACCCUCAGGCCUGAGCUACUCCACCUGGUUUUGCGUGGAACGUUUCAGCACAGCUCCCCAAGCCCACGCGGUGCGGCUGCUGACUCUGGUGCGUCGGGCCACGUCCUCGGAGCAGCACUACGUGUGCCUGGCUGUGGUGCUGUCAGCCAAGGACCGCUCGCUCACUGUCUCCACCAAGGAGGAGCUGCUGCAAACCUACUCCGAUGAAUCGAGUGAAGAAGCCUCCUUCUAUGAGAUCCUGCCCUGCUGCGCCCGCUUCCGCUGCGCCGAGCUGAUUGCUGAGGGCCAGUGGCACCACCUGGUGCUGGUCAUGAGCAAAGGAAUGCUGAAGAACAGCAUGGCCACGCUGUACAUCGACGGCCAGCUCAUCAACACAGUCAAGCUUCACUACAUCCACAGCUCUCCAGGUGGCUCCGGCUCCACCAACCCACCAGUGGUGAGCACAGUGUAUGGAUAUGUGGGGACGCCACCAGCCCAGCGUCAGCUCUCCAGCCUGGUGUGGCGUCUUGGGCCCAGCCACUUCCUAGAGGAGGUUCUGCCUGCCACCAGCGUUGCUGCCAUUUAUGAGCUGGGACCCAACUAUGUGGGCAGCUUCCAGGCUGUCUAUGUGCCCUGUAAAGACUCAAAGACUGAGGUGACACCUGUGUCUCCGGUGGUGCUGGUACCAGAAGAGAAGGUGUCCUUCAGUCUGUAUGCUUUGUCUGUCUCUACACUCACAGUGGCCAAGAUCAGGAAAGUGUACAACAAACUGGACAGCAAAGCAAUCGCUAAACAGCUCGCUGUGUCAUCUCAUGAAAACGCCACCCCAGUGAAGCUGAUUCAUAAUGCUGCCGGACACCUCAAUGGGCCAGCACGAACCAUUGGAGCCGCUGUCAUUGGGUAUUUAGGUGUCCGUGCAUUCGUGCCUAAGCCCGUGGCCACUCACCUGCAGUAUGUUGGAGGGGCAGCGGCCAUCUUGGGCCUUGUUGCCAUGGCGUCUGAUGUGGAGGGGCUUUAUGCAGCUGUUAAAGCUUUGGUGUGUGUUGUGAAGAGCAACCCACUGGCCAGUAAGGAGAUGGAGCGCAUCAAAGGCUACCAGUUGCUGGCGAUGCUCCUGAAGAAGAAGCGCUCACUGCUCAACAGCCACAUUCUCCACCUCACGUUCUCUCUGGUGGGAACCGUCGACAGCGGCCACGAGACCUCCAUCAUCCCCAACUCUACCGCUUUCCAGGACCUGCUCUGUGACUUCGAGGUCUGGCUCCACGCUCCCUAUGAACUCCACCUAUCUCUGUUCGAGCAUUUCAUCGAACUGCUAACAGAAUCGAGUGAGGCAGCUAAAAAUGCCAAACUGCUGAGGGAGUUCCAGCUCAUCCCUAGGCUGCUGCUGACCCUGAGGGACACCUCGCUGUCCCAACCCACGCUUGCCGCCAUCAGCAACGUCCUGAGUCUGCUGCUGCAGGGUUUCCCCAACCAGUAUGACCUUCUGCGGUUUGGCCAGUUUAUCUCCUCUACUCUCCCCACGUUUGCUGCUUGUGAGAAAUUUGUGGUCAUGGAAAUCAGUAACGAGGAGAAGAUUGACGGAGGCAACGACGAUGACUUUGGCGGCCUCCUGUCGGCCAACCUCAUUCUGCUUAGGAAUCGACUGCUUGACAACCUGCUCAGACUGCUCUUCACCACCAAGGAGAAGUGCAUCGUCAAUGCCCAAGCUUGUGAGGAGCUGGUACGGACUCUUGGUUUCGAUUGGCUCCUGAUGUUCAUGGAGGAACAUCUCCACUCGACCACAGUGACAGCUGCUCUGUGGAUCCUGGUUGUGCUGCUCUCUAAUCAGUCUAUCCUAAACCGAUUCAAAGAGGGCCUGUGUGGAGGAGGCUGGCUGGACCACACUGACUCCGUCCUCACCAAUAAGAUCGGCACCGUGCUGGGCUUCAAUGUGGGACGCCAUGCUGGUGGACGCUCCACGUUGCGGGAGAUCAACCGGGAGGCCUGCCACUUCCCAGGGUUCCCUGUCCUGCAGACACUGCUGCCUAAACAUACGAAUGUGCCUGAGCUGUACUUCCUGCUCAUGGCUCUCUUCCUGCAGCAGCCUGUGACUGAGCUGCCGGACAGCCUGCAGGUACAUUUUGACCUGGACUCUAUCUGGACGUUCAUCUUCGGCAUCCCGGCCUCCAGCGGCUCAGUGGUGGCCUCCAUCCACAGCGUGUGCACCGAGGCAGCCUUCCUGCUGCUGGCCAUGCUGCGCAGCAUGCUCAACCUGCCAUGGCAGUCAGAGGAGGAAGGGUCCUGGCUCAGGGAGUAUCCUGUCACUCUCAUGCAGUUUUUUAGGUACCUUUACCACAACGUUCCUGACCUGGCACCGAUGUGGCACAGUCCUGAGUUUCUCUGUGCUCUGGCAGCCACUGUCUUUCCUUUUAACAUCAGGCCAUAUUCUGAAAUGGUCAGUGACUUGGAUGAUGAAGCAGGUUCGCCCAUCGAGGAGUUCAAGGCCUUUGCUGGAGACUCGGGUAUGAACCGUAGCCAGUCUGAAUACUGCAACGUGGGCUCCAAGACGUCCCUCACCAACCACCCGGCCAAAAAGUAUGUCUUUGACUUCAUGAGAGUCCUGAUCAUGGACAACCUGUGCAUGACCCCAGCCAGCAAGCAGACGCCUAUCAUUGACAUGCUCCUGGAGGCCUCUCCAGAGCGUUCCACCAGAACUCAGCAGAAGGAGUUCCAGUCCAACAUCCUGGAUGGUGUGAUGGAGCAUCUGCUGGCUGCUGAUGUGCUGCUAGGUGAAGAUGCCUCUCUGCCCCUCAGCAGUGGCGGCAGUUACCAAAUACUGGUCAACAAUGUCUUCUACUUCACCCAGCGGGUGGUGGACAAACUGUGGCAGGGCAUGUUCAACAAGGACUCCAAGCUUGUGGUGGACUUCAUCGUUCAGCUGAUAGGACAGUCUAAGAGACGUUCCCAGGGUCUUUCCCUCGACACCAUCUACCACUGUCUGAACCGGACUGUGCUCUACCAGCUCUGUCGACCUCACAAGACGGUGGCUCAGCAGGUGGCCCUGCUGGACGCGCUGCGGGUUCUCACGGUCAACCGUAACCUGGUCCUCGGCCCGGGAAACCACGAUCAGGACUUUGUGGCCUGCCUGGCUCACUGCUUCAUCUGUCUGCACAGCGGGAGUAGCGUGGAGGGCUUCGGUCUGGAGGCUGAGGCCAGGAUGACGACCUGGCAUGUAAUGAUGCCCGCAGAGAACGAGGCUGACGCUACCCACAGCCACGACGUCAGUGAGGGGCGGCAGCUGCUGCUGAAGGCUGUGAACCGUGUGUGGACAGAGCUGAUGCACAGCAAGCGACAGAUGCUGGAGGACAUCUUCAAAGUUUCUCUGCCCUGCAACGACAGAGGCCACGUGGACAUCACCACAGCACGGCCAGCCCUGGAGGAGCCGGCCCUGAAGAGCUGGCAGAACCACCUAGUCCACGAGAAGAAGUGUAUCAGCCGUAGUGAGGCAGUGGCACCGGCCCAGUCCAAACUGUCCCGGGUCAGCAGCGGCUUCGGUCUGUCUAAGCUGACAGGCGUCCGUCGCAACAGGAAGGAAAACAGCUUGAACAAGAACAGCCUUUCUGCACAGGAGAUCUUUCAGUGGAUGUUCACUCACAUUGCUGUCGUCCGGGACCUGGUGGCUAUGCAGUACAAAGAAUAUCAAGAGCGGCAGCAGAACGCUCUGAAGUAUGUGACGGAGGAGUGGGCGUCCAACGAGUACGAGCUGCUGCGUGAACGGGGCCUGUGGGGUCCGCCCAUCGGCUCCCACUUGGACAAGUUUGUGCUGGAGAUGACGGAGGGGCCCUGCAGAAUGAGGAAGAAGAUGGUCCGCAACGACAUGUUCUACAUCCACUAUCCAUACAUCCCCGAGACUGAGACGAACACCAACUCAGCGCAGAAGCCUCUUCGUUACCGACGUGCCAUCAGCUACGACAGUAAGGAGUACUACAUGCGUCUGCUGUCUGGAAACCCUGGCAUGUACCAACACUCAGUGGAGCACAGCACAGAAGGAGAGACCACACAGCAGGAGCCCGAGCACGGAGAGGACACCAUAGCGCGGGUCAAAGGCCUGGUCAAGCCUCCUAUGAAGAGGUCUCGGUCCACGGCGGACGGUGCAGAUGAGGACAGUCAGGACCAAAUUCAGGAUCAGCUCUUGGAGUGUGGAGGCCUUGAGGAGGAGCAGAGGACUGACAACACGUCGCUGCUGCGUCUGCUGGAGGAGGGAGAGAAGAUCCAGCACAUGUACCGCUGCGCCCGGGUGCAGGGUCUGGACACCAGCGAGGGUCUGCUGCUGUUCGGGAAGGAGCACUUCUAUGUCAUCGACGGCUACACCAUGACCAUGUCCAGGGAGAUCAGGGAUAUUGACACUCUGCCCUCCAAUCUGCAUGAGGCCAUCAUCCCCAGAGGAGCCAGACAGGGUCAGAGCCAGCUGAAAAGAACCUGCAGCAUCUUCGCCUAUGAAGACAUCAAGGAAGUUCACAAGAGGCGCUACUUGCUACAGCCGAUGGCGGUGGAGGUCUUUUCAGCAGAUGGGAGGAACUAUUUAUUAGCCUUUCAGAAAGGAGUUCGCAACAAAGUUUACCAAAGGUUCUUGGCAGUGGUGCCUUCACUGGCUGACAGCUCAGAGUCCGUUUCAGGCCAGAGACCCAACACCAGUGUCGAACAAGGGUCUGGGCUUCUGAGCACGCUGGUGGGUGAGAAAUCAGUUACUCAGAGAUGGGAGCGAGGAGAGAUCAGUAACUUCCAGUAUCUGAUGCAUCUGAACACUCUGGCGGGACGAUCCUACAAUGACCUAAUGCAGUACCCGGUGUUUCCCUGGAUCCUGGCAGACUACGAUGCAGAGGAGCUGGACCUGAACAACCCCAAGACGUUCCGUAACCUGUCUAAACCAAUGGGAGCUCAGACGGACGACAGACUGACUCAGUACAAGAAGAGAUACAAAGACUGGGAAGACCCCAACGGUGAAACCCCAGCCUACCACUACGGCACCCACUACUCAUCAGCCAUGAUUGUAGCGUCUUAUCUGGUGCGGAUGGAGCCAUUCACACAGAUUUUCCUCAGACUUCAGGGAGGACACUUCGACCUGGCCGACAGGAUGUUCCACAGUGUGCGUGAGGCCUGGCUCUCUGCCUCCAAGCACAACAUGGCCGACGUGAAGGAGCUCAUCCCGGAGUUCUUCUACCUGCCUGAGUUCAUGCUUAACUCCAACAACUUCGACUUGGGUGCUAAGCAGAAUGGCACCAAGCUGGGAGACGUGAUCCUGCCUCCGUGGGCCAAGGGAGACCCCCGAGAGUUCAUCAGAGUCCACAGAGAGGCUUUAGAGUGCGACUACGUAUCAGCUCACCUCCAUGAAUGGAUCGACCUGAUUUUUGGCUACAAGCAGCAAGGUCCACCAGCUGUGGAGGCGGUCAACGUGUUCCACCACCUGUUCUACGAAGGUCAGGUGGACAUCUACAACAUCAACGACCCCCUCAAAGAGACGGCCACCAUCGGCUUCAUCAACAACUUUGGACAAAUCCCCAAACAGUUGUUUAAGAAGCCCCACCCCCCCAAACGGGUGCGCAGUAAAGCUAACGGAGAUGUAGCGAGCAUUCCUCCGAGCUCGAAUAGUGACAAGAUCUUCUUUCAUCAUCUGGACAAUCUCAGACCUUCUCUAGCGCCUGUGAAAGAGCUCAAGGAGCCUGUGGGGCAAAUUGUGUGCACUGACAAGGGCAUCCUCGCAGUGGAGCAGAACAAAGUCCUGGUUCCCCCGACCUGGAGCAAGACGUUCGCUUGGGGCUACGCUGACCUCAGCUGUCGUCUAUCCAACUAUGAAUCAGAAAAGGCCAUGGUGGUGUACGAGUGUUUGUCAGAGUGGGGUCAGAUCCUCUGUGCCAUAUGCCCAAAUCUGAAGCUGGUGAUCACCGGUGGCACCAGCACGGCCAUCUGUGUGUGGGAGACAGGAACGUCCAAGGAAAGAGCCAAGUCCCUCGCACUCAAGCAGGCUCUACUGGGUCAUACGGACGCUGUAACGUGUCUGACGGCCUCGUCGGCGUACCACAUUGUUGUCAGCGGCUCGCGGGAUCGGACCUGCAUCAUCUGGGACCUCAACAAGCUGUCCUUCGUCACGCAGCUGCGGGGGCACCGGGCGCCCGUCUCUGCGCUGUGCAUCAAUGAACUCACGGGGGAUAUCGUUUCGUGUGCGGGGACCUACAUCCACAUGUGGAGCAUUAACGGCAGCCCCAUCGCCAGCGCCAACACCUUCACCGGCCGCAGCCAGCAAAUCCUGUGCUGCUGUGUGUCGGAAAUGAACGAGUGGGACACGCAGAACGUCAUCGUCACGGGUCACUCGGACGGCGUGGUCAGAUUCUGGAGAAUGGAGUUCCUUCAAGUCCCAGAAACCCCUGCUCCAGAGCCAGUAGAGCCAGAUGUGCCUGACUGCUGUGGUGAGGAGAAGAUCGAGGGCGGUGAGAGUCACAACGGUGAUGACGACAGCAGCGAGUCGGACGCAGACGAGCCCAGUUUAAGCCAGGAGCCCAAUGCUCCACGCAACCCCUCCACAGGUGGAGGCAGCCAGCCGGGCAGCACCGUCCACCGGCCCAGAGGUCCCUCAGCGCGAGCAGGAGCUUCUUGGUCCAUGGACAGCGGCUCCGACGACUCCCACCGCUGGUCUGACACGCUCAGCAUCGACGAGAAGGACGGCUUCGUGUUCGUCAACUACUCUGAAGGUCAAAUCAAAGGCCCGACCCCUCAUCCAGCUCAUCCCAGCCAGGGCUCGAUGCCGCAGCCUCUCCAGCCGCCCAGCAUGGAGCCACGGACCUACAACCAGCUCAGGGCAGGCUACAGGUGGGAGCGCCAGCUGGUCUUCCGGAGCAAACUCACCAUGCACACAGCGUUUGACCGCAAGGACAACGCUCAGCCGGCGGAGAUCACCUCCCUCGCCAUCUCCAAGGACCACAGUAAGAUCCUGGUGGGAGACGGGCGCGGCCGCGUCUUCAGCUGGUCCGUCAGCGACCAGCCGGGCCGCUCGGCAGCCGAUCACUGGGUGAAGGACGAGGUGGUGGACAGCUGCUCCGGCUGCACGGUUCGCUUCUCCCUCACCGAGCGACGCCACCACUGCAGGAACUGCGGGCAGCUCUUCUGCCAGAAGUGCAGUCGCUUCCAGUCUGAGAUCAAAAGGCUGAAGAUCUCGUCACCGGUGCGAGUUUGUCAGAACUGUUACUACAACCUGCAGCAUGAGAGAAGCGUGGAGGAAGGCUGCAGAAACUGAACUCCACCUUCGCUCCGACGGGAGAAGCCGCCUUUCAUUCCUCCAUCCGCACCUCCCCACAGCACCCUGACCCACGUGUACAGUAACACACGGACGUAAACGGCGGCAGGAAGACACAGGAAGGAUGGAUUAUAAAGAAGCAGUUACCACGGUCACCACCUGAGCUCAUCACCUGGAGGAGAACAAGCAAACGCACGCUCACUUCAAUCAGUCCACUGCUCUUUUUGCUUUCAGAUCAAGAACAGGGAAACUUCGUCCUCUUUCACCGCCAGAUGUAAUAAACUUGUUUAUAUUGUAAAUACUCAUCAUGGCCUUUUUAACUCUAAUAGCAACCAACGCGCGCGCACGCACACGCACUCGCACACGCACACACACACACAGACAGACAUUGACAUUGCCUGAAAGAUAGCGUUGUGACUAACCGCUCCUGGCUUUAACUAAACCGACCGUGUGUAGUCUGCUUCACGAGUCACUGCAAAUCCAGAGACAUGAUGUGGAGGGAAAGAAAGAUAUGAAUGUCACUAAUUACUGUCACCUUACCAGUUGGUCUGAUUAUGAGAAAUUCCUUCUUUUUUUAUAGCUACCGAAUAGUUUUAAGUUGUUCUUGUUUACAAAGUGUGACUUUAUUUGUGUGUUGCCCACAGUGUCAGGCCGUCACAUCACACAGAUUCAUAUCACAUCACAUUAUCUUUUCCUUCUUUGCCAAAUUUUGGAUGAUGGCGAUAUUUUUUUACAUAUAAUCUAUUAUGUUGUCUAUAAAUUCCCAUAUGGAGAUUUUAUAUUGUUGUUGCUGCUUCGUUUGAAGACUGGACACGUUAUCAUUUUAGUAACUUGUUUUUAUUUUCCAUAUCACUCCAUUGUAUUUUAGCAUAAUGGGUCCUUCACCUGUGAAAAUAUGAAUUAGGUGAAUUAAUAAUGAGCUGCCAGACAUUUCCUGUUAUAUAUUAGUUACUGUACAGUGUCGAAGCAGCGUUUUGGAGGCACACAGAAAAGGGACGUCCUGUAUGAACUGUAGGUUUGUCUUUUGCAUUCGGUAUUUGCUGGAUUUUACUCUGACCCUGUGGCAUUAUUACAGUAGAUCAGCACUCAUACACUUUGUCAUCAGCUCGUAGUAGAUGAUGAUUCAACUGCAGGAGCAGCAGUCGAGCACCUUUUACAGAGUUGUUUCAUAAGUAGUCGACUUUGGAGGAAGUGUAAAUAAUCGCUUUACCCAGGCAGUCAUGAAACAACCAAUGUCAGGUUUUAAAGAGUCUUGGUUUUUUUGUUUGUACAUUUACAUGCAGAGAAGAAUGUCCGUCGGUUUUUGAAGUGUAUUGUUACAUUGCUCUGAUUUUAAAUUAUAGUUAGUUCUCUACGUAUAGAGCCUGAAACAAGAUGGGUUCAUCAAACUGAAAAGGAGCUAACGCUUGACUGAAACAUCCCAGUUUGGCUAAGGAUGUGUUUGGUUGAACUUGAAGAAACCAGCGCCAGGGUUUAGGUUGUGUCAUUUUUAACUCGACCACCAGGAGUCAGCAAAAUGAGACAAACUCAAAGCAUUCAAGCCCAGGAUGCAAAUGUGUAGGUGCAUCAUAAUUCUGACACAAAUUUUAUAAAACCAUGAUGGUUGUUUACUCAUUUCCAUGUAAAAGCCACAUUUUUUUCCCACGACGUCUAGACGUGCGGCUGCUGCUGGCUUCAGUUUGAGUUCUAAUAAUCUUCAUGCAUGUGUCCUUUCUUUUGUCCCUCAUCCCUCCGUAUGUGCUCAUGUGCUGUGGUUUUGUGGGCAACAACUGUGCUGCUUUUUUCACUAAAGAGAAACCUUUUCUUUCCCACCAGUCUUCACACGUGUAAAGAAAAACACUUUUCAUAAAGUACUUUAUCCUUCAUCCCCACAGCUUCCUGAUGUUAUGAUAACGAUAAUAUGCACUCUAGAUGUCGUCCGUCUUAUAUCAUUCUGCAUUUACGUACUGUAAUUACUGUGCAAUCAUGCCAUCUUGCUGAAAAGUCUGCUUCUAUCAAUCAGGAGUUCCUUGGCACCGUCACGUCACAGAUUUCAUUGAAUGCAGUUAAACGUUUUCAUUUGAACAGAAAGGUGCAUCUCACCGCAGAGAAACGAACUGUACAAAGUAUUUAUGCAAUUAUAACUGGUUUUAGAUUUUUUUUAAUGAUUAUCGCAAUUUCAGCAAGUUUUGUUACUUGUUGCAUGUCUAUUAACACAGCUGACUUUCUGUGUCAGUGCAUUGUACAUGUUCUUGGCAUUAUUUUGUCGUUUCGUUUUCCUUUAUCGUGUUGAUUUUCUUACCUUGCGUUUUUAUUGAGGCAUUGUCCUGAUGAGUUGUCCUGAGCUGCAGGUUUGUGUACAGAGCCAGAGAUCGUGUCCCCGGCUGUGGGUGGACUUUUGUACUCUUUACUGAAAAAAAAAUUAACUAAUGAGAGGAGAAGAAAAGAGAAAAACUCCUGGAUUAUUUUGGUGGUCUUGUAUUAGACUGCAUUACAAGUGUCUGGUGUGCAAUCUGUGAUAUCUGAAUGUUCCCUGUAUAUUUGUGUUCAAACAAUGUAGAGUAACUCUCCCCGCUUCCCUUGCAGAGACGAAAUGUUACAAUAAUGCAAUAGAUCUGGUACUUAUUCUUUUUAAUUUCAUUUCAAUAAAUAAUUGCUGUUUACCACC